AUGGCGCGACGACCUCCGACGUGUGGGCCUUCAAGCCUGUGGAGACUCUUUGCAGUGUUGUGGCUGCUAGCGUCGUUUGCGUUUGCUGCCGAAGUUGUCGUUCACAAUGGCAACUUAGCCCUCGUGGUGGAGAGCUCCAAGAAAGUUGUGAUUGCCGAGCCCAGCGAGAGGGAGGCGGACCUUUUUACCGAUGAAGAUGCGCGGCUUCUGACACAGGGUGAGGUUCGGAGCUUGUUGGCCACCAUGGAGGCCGCCUUUGCCGAGCGGCUAGCACAAAUGCAGGCCCAGCUCAAUGCCAAGCUCAACGUCACCGAACUUGCGGCCACCGUGGAUGCCAUGCUCGUAGACACAGCCAAUGCCUCGGCCCUGCGCACCCGCCUGCAGGGCGCCGAGACCCUCGCCGCUGAUAACAGCCAGCGUGCUUUUGCAGCUGAGGAGCGCCUCACCGCCCUCGAGCAAGCCAAUAACACCCUGGCUACGGUCGUGGAGUCGUUGGCUUCAACCAAGGCCGAUGCCACGGACGUCCGCACUGACGAUCAGAUCCGGGCGAUCAUGACAGCCAUGGUCAACAACGAACCCGCCAACAACGCCGUGCGUAACGCCUUGGAUGCCAAGGUGGAUGCAGUUACCCAAUACGCUGACGAGGACGCGCGUGACCUCCUCAACGACAUUGUCAACAACCCGGAGGGGGACAACAACGCCCUGCGUCUGGUGCUGGAUGAUUUGGCGACGCGCCUGGGCGCGGCAGAAGCGAGCCUGGGCACGGACUGCGGUGCUGCCUGCGCGGCCGGUACAUACGAGGCGACGGCAUGCAAUGUCGGGGCUGGGACCGCACGCGUGUGCUCAGCAUGCGGUACCGGAUCCUUUUCCUACGGUGGAUCCGUUCCCAGCUGCACCAACUGCGAGUCGUGCGCUGCAGACGAUUAUGAGGUGCACGGCUGCACGGCUUCCUCGGAUCGUGUCUGUGCGCGCUGCACCACGUGCGUGCCUGGGCGCACCUACGAGACGACGGCAUGUACGACGUCGACGAACCGUGUCUGCUCAAGCUGCGCAACGUGUGCCAGCAACGAGUACAUUGCCAGCGAAUGCACGGUGAGCAGCGAGCGUGUGUGCAACGCGUGCACAACCGCAUGCGCAGCCAACGAGUGGAUGGCUGAGCCGUGCAAGAGUGAUAGCAACGCCGUGUGCCAGACCUGCACGGUCUGUGAGGCUGGAUUCUACGAGGCUCGGGCCUGCUCAGCAACCGCGGACACACUGUGCCUACGAUGCACCGACUGCGGAGAGGAUGAGGUGCUGACGGCUUGUAGUGCUUCAACGGACACGGUCUGCCUCGCUCCCAACUGGGGCCUCAACGUCGACCUCAACGCCUCAUUGGUCGUGGAAAACCAAAUCGAGGUGCGCUUCCCCAUCAGUGGCUUUGAUCUGGAAACAUCGAAACUGCACAGCACCUUUGUGCGUGCUGGCACCAUAUUCGAUGGCACGACCAUGACAGUGACAGAUGCAGGCUUCUAUUUUUUGGCCUACAACAUUCGAAUCGACCACAUGUCGGAGGAGUGGGUACAUUGCAACUACAUCUUCGACGGGGUGAAUAAUCCCACGGUCAAUGGUAUGAGCUUGGUGCGUGGCACAAUGAAUUAUGAGCAGUGGACCUUCUCCAAUGCCGGAAUCGUCAAGCGGGCUGCUGGCUCCAACAUGACCAUGAUUGCGCGUGCGGUUUCUGACACCAACUUUACCGUCCAUGAAGAUUCUGGUAUCUCAGCGUAUCGCGUUGAACCCACAGAGGGUCUUUAUGCCUUGUUGUUAGAAGAUGUGGCGGUGACAUCCGCAAAUACUUGGUACAAAGUCAACGGCUGGACUGCUGAAAAGCCAGAGAGUUUGACCAACUACCUCUUUGGCGGUACGCUCGAGGACUCUGCAUACGUGGUCAAGGAAAGUGGCAUUUUCCUCCUCGGCGCCACUGUUCGCUUGGACCAACCAGGUAAUGCGGCAGCCAACUCUCUCGACUAUCAUCGCCUUGUCAUUGCCAUCAAUGACCAGCCGGAAAUUGCUUCGCCACUGCAUAUUGUGCAAGGCAUGCCCUUUCCCGAUGACUAUGUCGUCAAUUACGUUGGUGGUUUGGCCUGGCUCAACGCCGGGGAUCGCGUCCAGCCCUAUGGCUUUAACAACGUGGCGUUUGAUUUCCGCUACCGACCACAGUCACAUUUCACGGUGGCCAGACUCGAAACCAGCUACGCUUUUAGUGCCACCAUGACGAACCAUCAGCACGUGACGACGACUGACUUUUUUGAAGUGACGGCCUGGACUGUCACGCCCGCCACUGCUGCCUUUUGCUUCAAUAAGGGCGGUGCAUUUGAUGUGUCUACCGGACGCUUUACUGCGCGUGUGGCUGGGUAUUACUAUGUUGCAGCCAACAUUCGCUUGGAUGAUGUCGACGCAGCCACCCAGUUGAUGGUCGUCAUCAAAUCCAGCGCUGACGAGACAUUCACAGAUGCGGGCCUGACUGCCGUGCGUUCUCCUUAUGGGGGAGCCAAUCCGCAAUACCAGAGCUUAUCGCCGGUGGGUGUUUUGCACCUGCGUAAAGGCGAUUACGUCUCGAUUCACGUCAGAGUGACUGGCUUUACCGACUCAUAUAUUGUCCAAAGCGAAAGUGGUUUCAGUGUCGCCCUCCUCGACGGCCCCAAGUGA